AUGCUUGGCAUCCGGACACCCGUAAAACAUCAGGAGAUGACGAACCCACCCUCUACCCCCCGUAAAGAGGUUAAAAAAUUGCCAAGACGUAGUUUGGAGAAGCGGGAGGGGGCAGCUUCGGAGAAUACCUCUAAUCUAUCUACGAAGGUACAGAGCGCCCCGACCACCUCUAAACCAAAACCGCACACAAAUCGCAAACUGACGGACAGUCCUGAGGAGGGGGGGGAAGUGCGGGUACACACAUCCGUGUCAACCACCAAAAAGAACAGGGUGAAGGAGGCGGCCGCGCAGGUGACUAGGGCGAAAAACGCCCUAAACGAAUCCAAGAACCUAAAGGGCGAGAUUAAGGAAACGUUCCUGGACGUCCUUAAUAAACUUAAAAAGUUAGUGGCCGACUCCGAGGCUGAACGCGAGGCCGACCGGGCUCAGAAGGGGAACGGGGGCUCCGUGGGGGCGGCGCCGGUGACCAUAGACACUGACGCCGCGGUUGCGGGGCCCUCGGACUCCGGAAUGAGCGCUAGGCUCGACGAGCACUCUCGGCUCCUUCUGGAGAGCAACGAGAGGAUGAAGGCUCUCCAGGAGCAGCUCAGUCGGGUGGCCGAGGAACAGCAGCGCAGCUACGCCAGUGUGGCUGCCGCGGGGCCGCAGCGGCCUUCGAGGCAAACGGCCUUACACUCGGUGGUCGUCACCUCCAAGGACGACAUGGAGACGGGAGAGGAGGUCCUUGGAAGAGUUAGACGGACCAUUGAUGCUAAGGAGGCGGACGCGGACCGCGUGCCGCACUCACCGACACGCGCCCGCGACCGACACUACACACAGGUGAAACAAGCUUUGCCGCAGCGUCGUAUGUGUGAGCUGGUGCCGCGAGAGGUGUGCGUGAUGUGUCCGCGGCGCAAGCGCGCGUGCGGCGCGUGGCGCGGCGCCGUGUGCGCGGCGCUGCUGCUGCUGCUGCUUGCCGACCUUGCCACUGCAGACCUUGAAAAGAGAACAGACAUGUCCUCGAUGCCGUUCGUGAUGGGCUCCCGCUACGGACGCAGCUCGCCACCGAAACUUAUCGCACCGCGGAAUGACAGGUUCUUCAUGGGUAGCCGAUAUGGUAAGCGCUCAGAAGGCACCGUUGGAGGAGGCAACAGCGUGGGCGCGACGCUGGCGUCCGGAGGGGGGUUGCUGUGCGAGUACACCGGUGUGUUCCCUCUGUACCGCUGCGUCAGGCACAACAAGAGAGAUCAUUACGACGCGAGGAGCGCAGACGAGGCGGGGAUGGCCGAGGAGGAAUAA